AUGUCAUAUACUAAUGAAACUAAUUUACAAUUUUCAUUUACAUUUUAUUAUUAUGUACAUUAUCUUGGUGAUUGUGAAAAUAUUGAUAAUCCAAAUAAAUAUGGUAAACCAUUAUCAUUACCAGAGAGAUGGCAACAAAUUCCUAUAUCAUGUUUAACAUUUAUUGCAUUUAUAGUCAAUAUUAUAUCAUUAUUUAUAUUUAUAUUUGGUGAAUACACUAUCAAUCGUUUAACAAGAUACAAUGAAAUGAAAACAAGACCAAUAUCAUCAUCAUCAAAGAAUAAAUUUAUUACUAAAAAACAUAAUCGAUCAAGAAGUUCCUUUUUAACAAGUUUAAUUAUAUUAAGUAUAUUUGAAGUCAUUUUCAAUUUAUUUGCAUUUUUAUUUAAAUUAAUUGAAAUCUUUUCACCAUAUUUUAUUCAUCAACAAAUAACAUUGAAUUUCAAUAAUAAUCAUAUACCACCAGAUAUAAAAAUAAUUAUAAUACCAAUAUUACAUAAUAUAAUUAUGUUUAUUGCUGAUAUUGGUUUAAUGUGUAGAAAUUGGUGUAUAUGUUUAAUAACAAUUGCACGUGCUGAAGUUGUUAUAUGGCCAUUAGGUUCAAAAUCAUGGCAAUGUAUAUUAAGAAAACCAUAUAAAUUUACAUUUAUAUUUAUGAUCUUUUUUAUUAUAUCAAUUAUAAUAUCCGCUUUUAAACAUAUAGAUUAUAUUGGUUUAUUAUGUUAUGAUAAAAGAACUCAAAAAUAUGGUUUAUGGUCAGAAGAAUAUUAUUGGAGUUAUGAUGAUUUUUUAAAAUAUAUGUCAUUUAUUGUAUUACCAUAUCAAGCAGUUAUACCAUGGUUUAUUAUUACUCUAUUUACUAUACUUAUCUUAUUUAGAUUAAAACCAUGGAAAAAUGAUAAAAAUUUAAUUUUAUUUACUAAUAAUACAAAAUUUUUAGAGGAUAUACCUGAUAUACAAAAAUCAGAACCACAACAACAACAACAAUGUUGUAUACAACAAGAUGCUUUAAAGAAACGUCAACAAGGUCAAAUUAAAGCAACAAGAAUUGUAUUAGUUGUUGCUAUUUUAUUUGGUUUAUUCGAAUGUAUGAAUUUCAUUGUAUCAAUAUGUCAAACAACAAAACUUAUAACUAAUAAUUCUAUAAAUCGUAUAUUAGAAACAAUUGGUAAUACAUUUAUAGCAACUGAUUCUAUAUGUAAUUUCUUUAUAUUCAUAUCAAUGAUGUUAUAUUUCCGUCAAUUAUUUGCAAAAAUAUUUCUUUGUAAAGAAAUUAACCAAAAUAUGAAUACUACUACUACGCUUACUACUACUACUAAUAAUAAUAGUAAUAAUAAUAAUAGUACUGUUCCACAAAAGAACACAUCAUAUACUUCUGUUAAUCAAACAUAUAUGACUAAUGUGAAUGAUAUGAAUAAAUUGAAUAGUGAACGUCCAUAAAUUAUAGAAGUUUGAUUCAUUAAAACAAAAAUUAAAAAAACUAAAACACAGUUACCUAUUGAAAAUCUACAAUAUUUCUUGGCAUUAUGUUAAUAGAAUUUGCUUAAUAAGGUCAUAUUUUAUAAAUAUUUAUUGUUCAGUCAUUACAAUUUAGUUCAACAUUCCAUUUCUCUUCCUUACAUAAUAAACUAUCUUCUCCAUAAGAUCGAAGAAAUACAUUAAUCAUUGACCUUUAUUCGUUUUUGCACUCAGGCAAGAUCAUAGCCUAUAUUCAAAUCAAU